AUGAUGGAGGGGCUUGAGGCUAAGGCUCUACGCCAAUUUGACGCACUGGUUGAGAAGGGCGAUGUGAUCUUUUCCCAUCGCGAUCCAGUUCAUGUUCCAGCUAAACCAUUCAAUCUUCAGUUCCGCAUCGCAUCAAGCCUGACGAAGAAACCACAAAUACCUAUUAAAGAUGCCGAGAAGAAGCCGCCAGUUAAUAAAUCAAGUCCGUUCGCCAACGACCCGCCAGAGUUCGUUAUCGAGCACGUUGGGCCCGAGCAUACGCUACGCUUGAAUAAAUUCUGCGUCGUCCGGACACAGUUUAUCCUGCAUGCGAACGAGUUUAAGCCUCAGAUCGAGCCCUUGUCUGCGGUAGAUUUGUCUGCCGGAUGGAGCGUACUGAGCAGGCUGGAAAGCGAAUAUAUCCUCAUAUAUAACGGAGGGCUGCAAGGCGGCUGGUCGUUGCCACAUCGACAUAUGCAGCUGCUUCCGCGGCCGGCCCGGGAUGUCCAUAACCUGUUCCCAGAUAUAUAUGGGAUUAAAAACGGACGGGUUCCGAAUAUCCCCUUUAAGCAUGCUAUUCGAAGACUGCCCACGCCAGCAACGGCAGAAGAAGUGUACUCGACUUAUACAGACCUUUUGGCCGCCGCUGGCGUGGAUGAGAAUGACUAUUCACAUAAUCUUGUUCUAGUCAAGGAUUGGAUGAUGAUAAUACCCCGCUCUCGCGCGAACCAGGAAGGUAUAAAGAUUGUGAACGCUGCAGCAAUGGUUGGUAUGAUCUGGAUACCUUCAGAUGAAGUUCUGGAUCUAUGGAUGCAAACCGGCAACCCAAUGGAAACCCUAGCAAGGUAUGGUAAACCAUGGUAG